AUGGUGCAAGCAGCAAGACCAAAGCUUACUGGGUGGGCGGCAGCAGCCUCCGCUAAGGAAAUGGGCUCUUCCACUACUAGUUCAGGGGUCAGCGGCGGCAGCGGUCACCACAAUCACAACACUACGCAAUCGCAACAUUAUCCUCUCCAUUCUGCUACUGAAGGACAAACAAUUCCCUCUGGUACUGCUCAUUCUGCUUCAGGUGCAGGUACUCCUGCUGCUUCGAAUCACAUAAAUGCAUCUGGAACAAAGGACGAUGAUUCUGGUGCGAAUGAAGUGAAAGAUAGUAAGAAGAGCCGGAAGCCCCAGAGGGCGCCUUUUAAUGCUCAAGAAGUUGAUACAUUUUUGCGUAGCCAUUUUAAGCAACAUGUGCAGAGUGCAACGUCGUAUGGCUCUAGUUCGCGGUCUGAUACUUGGGACACUAACACAUCGAGCAAGUGGAAGUCUAAAAGAUAUGGGUGUUUGAACGAAAUUGCGAAGGCUCUUCGGUCAUAG